AUGGAGAAACUAAUCUUAAAGCACGACAUUGAUGCUCAAUUUGAAUAUGAAGCGUCGAAUAACAAUCUAGAACUAUUCAAUGAAAAUUUAAUAUGGAAUAAUAAAACUUUACCAUUAAAAAAUGAUAAUGUUUUACUACGUGGUACGCGUUUAAGAAAUGCUCACCGGGCAUUUGGAAUUGUUUGCUAUGCUGGACCCGAUACUAAACUAAUGAAAAAUACAGGUACAUCAACAUUUAAACGAUCCCGAAUUGAUCGCUUACUCAAUAAGAUUUUUCUUGGUAUUGCCUGUUUCUUAGCAAUCAUGUGUACCAUUACGACCAUAUGUUGUGACUUUUGGGAAUCAGUUUUUGGUUUUGAUUUUCGUAUAUAUCCACCAUGGAAAGCAUAUGUAUCAACUGAUAAAAGAAUUGGUUCACUUCAAAACAGUUUAUUAGUGUUUCUAUCAUAUAUUAUUAUUUUCAAUAGGGUUGUGCCAAUAUCCUUAUCUGUUAGUAUCGAAUUCAUACGUUUAUUACAAUCAAAAUGGAUUGAUUUGAAUAUUAAAAUGUAUUAUGAACCAAAUAAUGUUCCGGCAUUAGCACGUACAACAGCAUUGAAUGAAGAAUUAGGACAAGUUGGAUAUAUUUUCUCGGAUAAAAUAGGAACAUUAACACAGAAGACUCCACCAACUGACUAUGAAUCUACUCAAACUGUCAAUUCAAAAAAUGAUCAUUUAUCCAAGGAUGAAGCUGAUUUUCGUCAAACAUCAAUGCAUGUAGCCCAAGAAACAGAUCCAUUAUUGUUAUCUCUUAACAAUGAGUCAUGA